GAAGUGAACGGCCGGAAGUGGGGUUGGACAGGUUUUCCCCUGGGGUGGGGAAGCAGAGGCCCUGGAGGAGUAGGGGAGAUUAAGAAGCCAGAGCAUCCUGGCCUCUACUCCGAAUCGUGUACCGGUUCUCUUAGAUCUCAGAGGCGCAGAAAAAGGGAAGGGUGUCUCAUCCCGCUUCCUAGCUUUUCGCUUUAGCCAUGGCGGAGGCAGGGGCCGGGAUGAGUGAGACCGUCACUGAGACAACGGUUACCGUGACAACCGAGCCCGAGAAUCGGAGCCUAACCAUUAAACUUCGGAAACGGAAGCCAGAGAAGAAGGUGGAGUGGUCGAGUGACACUGUGGACAAUGAGCAUAUGGGGCGCCGCUCUUCGAAAUGCUGCUGUAUUUAUGAGAAACCCCGGGCCUUUGGUGAGAGCUCCACCGAGAGUGAUGAGGAUGAAGAGGAAGGCUGUGGUCAUACACACUGUGUACGGGGUCACCGCAAAGGACGGCGUCCUACAACCCCAGGACCCACCCCAACCACUCCUCCACAGCCCCCUGAUCCCUCUCAGCCCCCUCCAGGACCUAUGCAGCACUAAAUCCCUCUCACCAUUCAUGUGUCUGCCUGGCCCCAAAUGUAUCCAUCUGACAUGGGGACUCAACCCAUGGCCUGGUCCCUUCUCCUGCUCCCUUCUUCCCUCUCCUGCCUGAUAGAGAAGAGGAAGAGGAGGGUGGAUACAAAUCCUGGAAUUCUGACUUGCUGCUGUUCCAGAACCCAGGCUUCUGGGUUCUCCCAGCCCCUUCUUCCCUACAGUUUGCCCCCAUGCCUGGGAUCCAGGCAUCUCGGUCCCAGUCUGUCCCUUUUGUUCUCACUGCCAAACUACCUGUCCUGGGAUCCAGUUAUCUUGGCCACCUGCACCCUCAGCUUGAGUCCCAAGCACUUCAGCUGGGUUUUCAACGGUCCCAGCUUUCACUGCCAGGGCCCCAAUCAGAUUCCAGGCAAUCUUGUACCCCAGCUCUGCGAGUUAAUCCUGGCUUAUGGUUCUUCCACUGACGCAGUUUUCCUAAAUCUUAGUUCUUGCCUGUGGGAUGUAAGGUGUGGAGGCCAUAGGUCUCCCUGGCCCCUCCACUCCUCUUACCCCUUUGGCUCUCCAAAGGAGUUAGGAGAGGUCUUUGUCAUUCACACCUCUGAUGGGAAGUGGAACCAAAAAAUAGUCAUGUCCUGAAUAUAACGUUUCUGACAAAGCUGGCUGAGA